GGGGGCGUGGUCUGGAUGCCGACCGAGAUGGCCGCAUAGUUCCAGAGCUCCGCACAAUCCACUCACAAUCCAGCACCAGCCACGAGCAUCGAGACCCAGACGACAGCCACAGCAGCUGAAAUAUGCCAGGCUCACACUCCGGAGCAAAACAAGCCUUCAAAAAAAAAGGGGAUCGAAGGGAAACCGCCAGGUCAGUGGCCGACAUGUUAGCGACACCACGAGGCAGACAGGCCUCCCAAGAUGGCCGCCGACACAGCCCUCACGGCUCCCUCUCCCCAGCAUCCACAACGGGUAGUGAUAUACCCGAAUUCCAAACGGAAGAUACCCCACAUAUUUUAACAAAACUGACAGAAGUCAGGAAUUUUCUAGCCAAGGAAAUUUCCAACAGCACCAAAGAGGUUAAAGCAGAAAUUCAAGCACUGGGCGCACGGACGGCGGCCCUAGAGGAUAAAAUGGAGCAAAUCACCAGCGCUCACAACUCGGUGGUAACACAUUCCAGGACCAUGAGACAACAAAUAACAGACCUGGAAAUGAUGGUAGAAGAUCUCGCCAACCGCUCCAGGCGCAAUAAUGUACGACUCCGGGGACUCCCCGAAUCGCCUCACGAGGGGGACCUGGUAAACAAAAUGAAGCAGUACUUCAAACAACUAAUCCCAGAUAUUUCGGACGAACACUGGGCAAUCGACCGCGCACAUAGAGCGCUCCGGGCGCGCAGGGUGGAGGGACAGACCCCAAGGGACAUCAUCCUCCGUUUCCAUUACUAUUCCACGAAGGAAGCGGUGAUGAAAUAUGCACGGAAUAAAAAUCUGACAUACCAAGACACAGCUAUCAACUUAUAUCAGGAUCUGUCCCCUACCACUCUGCAACGCAGAAGAAACUGGAGACCCCUGACGCUGCUUCUACAAGAGAAGGAAAUCAAAUACACUUGGGGACACCCCUUCAAAUUGGUGGCCUUCAAAUCUGGAACAACAUACACGCUGCUACCAGGAGCGGACCCUAAGAAAUUCCUCAGGAGCCUCCAAGUGGAACCGCCACCAGACUUUGCCCUGACCCAGGAGACGGUACCCGAGCUCAACACUCUACCCGCAGAAUGGACCACCGCCAAAGACUCAGCGGGCCGCCAACACUAAGGACCCAAGAGGGACCCACAGACUUCCAUGCGUAUCACAUAAUCUGCCAAACUGGCUUCCUGGUCAGGUAACCCAUUCGGGGUCUAUCCUCACAGGGGGGGAUGCUUUGACUCUCUCACAACCUAACCCAGCCUGAAACCAACAGGCAACUAUCACCUUCCCAAAACACAAAAGAUAGA